GUUCCUUCAAAAGUCUACUUGAAGUUGUACUAUUAUGUGUGUGUUGAGCAUGUUCGAAGGCGUAAAGUACGACGCGCCCUGAACUCCACUUCCCAUGAUGCACCGCGGGGACCGCGUCUGUGUCUCCAGCGAGCUGUCAGUCCUCCAGCCGACCGAGGGACACACACUCGGUCCAUCCGCAGCCCGGCAGCAGCGGAGCGGACACACGGCGCCAUGAAGGCAGGAUUAACGUUCGCCGGCCGCCUGGAAGUGUCCGUGGGCGGCGUGUGAGGGCGGCCGUCGUCCGUGGGAGCCGCUGCGUGGCGCAGAAGAAGACAGGAUGAAGAAGCAGUUCAACCGCAUGAGACAGCUCGCCAACCAGACUGUGGGCAGGGCCGAGAAGACUGAAGUGUUGAGUGAAGAUCUCCUGCAGGCUGAGAAGCGCCUGGAGCUGGUCAAGCAGGUGUCCCACAGCACGCACAAGAGGCUGGCGGCGUGCCUGCAGAGCCAGCAGGGCGUGGAGGUGGACAAGAAGUCGGUCAGGUCGCCGUCGAAGAAGCUUCCCCUGGCCACGCUCGCACAAUGCAUGGUGGAGGGGGCCGCCGUGCUCGGGGACGAGUCUCUACUCGGGAAAAUGCUGAAGCUGUGCGGCGAGACCCAAGACCAACUGGCUCAGGAGCUGGUCCUGCUGGAAGUCACCAUCGAGAGGGACGUCCUGGACCCGCUCUACGACCUCGCAGAGGUGGAAAUCCCAAACAUCCAGAAACAAAGGAAACAUUUAGCUAAGCUGGUCCUGGACAUGGACUCUGCACGCACUCGCUACUACCAGUCCGGCAAGUCGUCGGGCCUGUCCAGCAGUCUGCAGCCGGCAGGGACCAAGGCGGAGCACCUGAGGGAGGAGAUGGAGGAGGCCGCCAACCGCAUGGAGAUCUGUCGGGAUCAGCUGUCGGCAGACAUGUACGGUUUCAUGGCCAAGGAACUGGACCACGCCACCUACUUCCAGACGCUGAUUGAAGUCCAGGCCGAGUACCACAGGAAGUCGCUGGAGCUGCUGCAGAACAUUCUGCCGCAGAUCAAAGCUCACCAGGAGUCGUGGGCGGAGAAGCCGUGCUACGGGAAGCCAUUGGAGGAGCACUUAGAGCUCAGCGGGAGAGAUAUUGCUUUUCCCAUCGAGGCUUGUGUCACCAUGCUGCUGGAGUGUGGCAUGCAGGAGGAGGGUCUGUUCCGAGUGGCGCCCUCAGCCUCCAAGCUCAAGAAGCUGAAGGCGUCCCUGGACUGCGGCGUGUUGGACGUCCAGGAGUACUCGGCCGACCCGCACGCCAUCGCAGGAGCUUUGAAGUCUUACCUGCGAGAGCUUCCUGAGCCACUGAUGACCUUUGAACUGUACAACGACUGGAUCCAGGCCUCCAACGUUGGCGACCAAGACAAGAGGCUGCAGGCUCUCCGCAGCGCUUGUGACAAACUCCCGGCAGCCAACCACAACAACUUCAAGUACCUGAUCAAGUUCCUGUCCAAGCUGAGCGAGUACCAGGACGUGAACAAGAUGACUCCCGGGAACAUCGCCAUCGUGCUCGGACCCAACCUGCUGUGGACGCACAGCGAGGGCAACAUCACGGAGAUGAUGACCGCCGUGUCGCUGCAGAUCGUGGGCAUCAUCGAGCCCAUCAUCCAGCACGCCGACUGGUUCUUCCCUGGAGAAAUCGAGUUCAACGUGACGGGCAACUACGGAAGUCCCGUCCACGCCAACCACAACGCCAACUUUAGCUCCAUGCCCUCGCCCGACUUGGAGCUGGUGGAGCGCAAGCAGAACGAUCAGAGCCGCCGCCCACUCAGCGUGGCCACCGACAACAUGAUGCUGGAGUUCUACAAGAAGGACGGCAUCAGGAAGAUACAAAGCAUGGGGGUCAGGGUGAUGGACACUUCCUGGGUGUCCCGCAGGGGCUCGUCGUCCUCGCGCAAAGCCUCGUCCACGCCGCCCAGCGUGCGGGCGCCGACCCCGCCCUCCGACGGGCAAGCCCCCGAGCUGCCCGGGGACCCCUGCGGCUCCCCCUCCCCCACCCCUCCUCCCAGUAGCGGCGAGCGAGCCAGCACGCUGAAGAACAAGGAGCUGUCGCCCGUCAUCGGCCAGAAGGCCUUCCAGGUGGUGCUGACCUCUAGUGGCCAGGCGGAGCACAGUCCUCACAGCCUGAGGAGAGCCAAGAAGUCGGCGCCGAUCCCUCCCAAGGUUCCUUACAGCCAGACGGGCGGCGUGUCGGAGCCGUCCACGGGUCAGCCGUCCCCGGUCAGCCUGUCGCCCACCCCCCCCAGCACGCCCUCGCCGUACGGCUUCGGCUACCCGCAGGGCUACGCCACCAUCGGCUCGGUGGGGCACGUCCACGCCGCCGCGCCGUCCCUGUCCUCGCCGCCCUCGCUGGCCGGGACGCUGGCCAAGCCCCGCCCCACGCCCAAGCCCCCCCGCCAGAGGCCCAGCCUGCCUCCGCCGCAGCCGCCCUCCACGCCCGGCGCCGGCCCCGAGCCCUCGCCGAGCCUGCUGGACGGUCUGUCGGCCGGGGAGAGUCUGUCCACAGGUUGGCUGUGCAGCCUGGACAUCCCCGUCAUCAACAUGGACCUGGACGCCCUCCUGGACCUGGCCCGCGUGUCCCACCUCCUGAUGGACCGGACCUACCGCAGAGCCGGCGAGUCGGAGGGGGAGGAGUCAGAGAGCACGGUGCUGUGAUAGGACGCUCACCUUUACUUUUAACCUUUGACCCCGCCUGCGCUGGGAGGAGCGGCCAUUUGUGUCUCACCUUUGACCUUUUCUUUGCCUUACUCCGCCCACUCGCGUCGCCGCCUACACGGGAAGUACUCUGCUUGGACGUGUGUGUGUGUGUGUGUGUGUGUGUGUGUGUGU